UCGCCUUUUCCGUCAGCUCAGCGGGGUCGGCCGCCCUGCAAGUCUUGUUGACUGUGUCGAGAUUAUCGCGAGUUGUGUUCAGGUUUUUUUAGUAUCACAGUGACACGUUUCUGUGCACGGCAGCAAGAUGAUGAUGGACUAUUUUGUGACGAACAAUUCCUUAGCGCCCGCACCGAUGGGGAUACAAAGUACCGCGGGCGCCGUGCCCGUCAAGAAUGACAAAGGAGAAUUGUCUAUGAAGAAGGUGAAGGUCCAUCGUUACGUUUCUGGUAAGCGGCCAGAUUAUGCAGCGGUAAGUUCGGAUGAGGAAUCGGAAGAGGAGGACUUCCUCGAGAGGCGCGUGCACAAGAGCUACGACGACGGCGAGGUUGUCGCGGACAUCACCUCGUACUCGCACACGAGGGGUAGAGACGAGGACGAUCCGCGUCUGCGAAGGUUGACGCGGCAGCAGAAGGAGGCGCCGACCGAGGUGCGCACGGAGAGACACAGACAUAUUCACGAGCCCGAGCUCAUCGAGAUCGAGUUAGAGAGAACGCGGGAGCGGAUCAAGUUGGAGAGCUCCGACUCGUCCGAGGACGAGGAACUGUCGGAUUCUGAGAUAGAGAAACGGCGGGAGGCCCUGAAGCAGCGAGUGCUGUCCAAGAAGGAGACGGAGGAGGAGCUGAUACAGGGCGAGGAGGAGGACAGGUCGGGCGAGAGCUCGGAGGAGAGCUCAGAGUACGAGGAGUACACGGAUUCCGAGGAGGAGACUGGGCCGCGGCUGAAACCCGUGUUCGUGCGCAAGAAAGACAGGAUCACGGUGAUGGAGAAGGAGAAGGAGGCGAUGCGGCAGAAGCAAGCGGAGGUCGAGGCGAAAAAAGUAGCUGAAGAACGAAAGAGGCAAACUCUGAGAAUGGUGGAAGAGACGGUGCGGAAGGAGACACAGAUGGGUAAUAAGGGCAAUACCGAGCAGGAGAGCAGAUUGAACGACGUCUGCACGGAUGACGAGAACGACGAGGUGGAAUACGAGGCUUGGAAGCUGCGCGAACUUAAGAGGAUCAAGCGAGAUCGCGAGGAGAGGGAGCAGCUCGAGAAGGAACGCCUGGAGAUCGAGCGUAUCCGUAAUAUGACCGAGGAGGAACGCAGGCAGGAAGCGCGACUGAAUCCCAAAAUGAUCACUAACAAGGCGGCCAAGGGGAAGUACAAGUUCCUGCAGAAAUACUAUCACCGUGGCGCGUUCUACUUGGACAAAGACGAUUCUAUAUUCAAGCGCGACUUCUCCGGCGCGACUCUAGAAGAUCACUUCGACAAGACGAUUCUGCCGAAGGUCAUGCAGGUGAAGAACUUUGGGCGCAGCGGCAGGACCAAGUACACUCACCUGGUGGAUCAGGACACGACGCAGUUCGAUUCACCUUGGAUAUCGGAGACUGCUCAAAAUCUCAAAUUCCACAAUAAUCAAGCGGCGGGGAUGAAGCAAGUCUUUGACCGGCCUUCCUUGAAAAAGAGGAAAGCUGAAAAUUAGAUGGUACAAAUAUUAUGCACUGCACUUUUUAUUAGUUUUUUUAUUUCCCUCUUUAAUGCAGCAAUUACAAUAACAUUGAAUUACAUCAUCGAAACAUACAAAUAUAGAACUUUCAGCAUUGUUCGACAAAUACAGGGUGUUAAAAAAAAGGGUGAAAUAUUUUAAGGGGAGUUUUUGGGUAUACUAAAUCCCCUUAAAAUAUUUUAUCCUCUUUUUCAACACCCUGUAUACAAUUUAUAUGGAAUAGACAUGCAUGAGAUUAUUUUAUCGACAUACAAUUAGAACCGGUUUAUAUCACAUUGUUGACUUGUUCUACAAAUAUAAUAAACAUGUGUAUAUAAAAAUUACAUAAAUAGAAACUUUAUAUAUCAAGUACAUUAUUAUUCUAUUAUGGAAGAAAUAUCUUUUUUUUUAUUUCGGAAAUGCAGGAUCUAAUGCAUUUUCCAUAUAUUUAGUUAAAAAUGUAUAAGCUGGAAACUAAAUAAUUGCUGUCGACAACGUGACAAAUUAGAUGAAAAUCGGAAGUUGAAUGCAUUAAAUACAUUCUUAUAAUACAAAUGCCUUUUACACAUUUAUAACAUGUCUAUUAUCAGAUUGGCACA